GUCUGCUCAGUGUCUGGAGGAGAGUGGGCGAGGAAGGAGAGGGCGAGCGAGCGAGCAAGCAAGCAAGCAAGCCAGCAGCGGAGAAACCUGGAAAUCAACGUCAACUUAGCACCCAGUACGCAAGAAAUGUCGACUUUGACAUAGCGAUAUGCACGGGGUCGCCGAACAACGCACCGCGCCGUGGGUUUAGGCGACUGGAGCGGGUCGCCUGUGGACAACAUUCGCGACGACCGGACUCUGGACGCAAGAAAACAACAACAGUGGUUUAAGAAAAAGGAGCGCGAGAGAAACGAGGAUUACACACACAGCAGUGACAAUAAAACAACACAACUCUCGUGCCGAAGGACACAAUGAAGACGUAGCGAGGCAAGAAGUCAUCAAGUGUCUCGGACCUGCUAGCCAUCCAGCUUGAGAGCGAAUGCGAGGUAAAGCUAACGCGUGCUAGUGCAAGCCCAUAAGCAGAGUUAGCUCGUGGGCUAACGCUAGCUGACAGACUCCCAACGCGUUUUGGUCAACUUUUGCUGUUGUUUCCCGGGAGCCUAAACACUGACGGAGUGUCCUAACAAAAGAGGGGAAGGGCCGGCUCCCUUCUCGACUUGUUCCCCUCUACGUAUAUUUUCCCGGAUCGAUGGCAGCGGAGGUCAGUAGUGAGGAGUCGGGCUCGGUCACGGCGGGGACAGGCGGAGGAGGCCCGGAGACGGCCCCGUUCCCUUGCUAUCCCAGGUCGACCAGAGUGAGGGUGGCGGAUUCAGGACCUGCGCCAGCCCUCCGUCAACUCACAAACACGUCUCCGGACUCACUCCCGGACAUGAGUAUGAUCUAUCCCAUGUCAAGUGGGGAUAUAAGCGGAUCUACCCUGUCCACGGCAGGGAGUGGCGGAGGUGGACAUUCAGUUUUAACGAGCUCAGGGAACGUGGGCGGCAUGUGCGGCUCUCCCACUUCAGAAGCGCCGGCCUGUCGGAUUUCACCCACAUCGUCAGCCCCGGACGGGGUGACCGACUUCCCCCCGCUACCGCCUCCUCCACCUCCCCCUCCUCUCCCUUCAGGUUGUGGCGGCACGAUGGAUGAAAACGACCUGCAAGAUGGACCGGAAUACGAGGAGGAAGAGGUGGUGUUCCCCCUCUCUGCACCGCCCACAAACCAGUGGUACCAUGGCAAGCUAGACCGAACCAUUGCUGAGGAGCGGCUGCGCCAGGCUCGGACCCAUGGCAGCUACCUCAUCAGGGAGAGUGACCGCCGGCCCGGUUCCUUUGUCCUGUCUUUCCUCAGCAUGACCAAUGUGGUCAACCACUUCAGGAUAAUUGCCAUGUGUGGGGACUAUUACAUAGGCGGGAGGCGGUUCUCUUCCCUAUCAGACCUAAUUGGUUACUACAGCUACGUGUCUUGCCUGCUCAAAGGAGAAAAGCUGCAGUGGCCUGUGGCCCCUCCAGAGCCUGUAGAAGACAGGAGGAGAGUAAGGGCCAUACUGCCAUACACCAAAGUGCCAGAUACUGAUGAGAUCAGCUUCCUGAAGGGAGACAUGUUCAUCGUUCACAACGAACUGGACGACGGCUGGAUGUGGGUGACUAACGUUCGUACGGAGGAGCAGGGCCUCAUCGUGGAGGAUUUGGUAGAGGAGGUGUGCCGGGAAGAGGAUCCACAUGAGGGAAAAAUCUGGUAUCAUGGAAAGAUCACAAAACAAGAGGCCUACAACCUCCUGAUGACGGUUGGCCAGGUGUGCAGUUUCCUCGUGCGGCCGUCAGACAAUACACCUGGGGACUACUCCCUUUUUUUUCGCACCAAUGAAAACAUCCAAAGGUUUAAGAUCUCUCCCACCCCCAACAACCAGUACAUGAUGGGAGGGAGGUACUACAACAGUGUCGACGACAUCAUCGACCAUUACAAGAAGGAGCAGAUUGUCGAGGGUUACAACUUGAAAGAUCCGGUUUCAGUACAGCAGCAAGAACAAGUCAUCAGCGACACGGUGGAUGGGAGAGAAAUUUACAACACAAUCAGACGAAAAACAAAAGAUGCGUUCUACAAAAACAUAGUCAAGAAAGGCUACCUCCUCUUCAACAAAGGCAAAGGCAAACGGUGGAAGAACCUGUACUUUAUCCUGGAGGGUAACGAUGCCCAGCUAAUCUAUUUUGAGAGUGAGAAAAGAGCCACCAAACCCAAAGGGCUGAUCGACCUAAGUGUGUGCUCCGUCUAUGGUGUUCACGACAGCCUCUUUGGCAGGCCAAACUGUUUCCAGAUAGUUGUCCAGCACUUUAGUGAGGAACAAUACAUUUUCUACUUUGCCGGGGAAGCUCCUGAACAGGCACAGGUGAGCAGCCUGGUGCUUUAUGUGGAGGAGGCCCAUAAGCUGCCGGUGAAGUAUUUCACCAACCCUUACUGUAACAUCUACCUGAACAACGUCCAGGUGGCCAAAACGCACCCAAGGGAGGGGCCGAACCCCGUCUUCACAGAGGAGUUCAUUUUUGAUGACCUCUCGAGUGAAAUCAACAGGUUUGAGAUCAGCCUGAGCAACAAAACAAAAAAGAGCAAAGAAAGUGACAUCCUAUUCAUGCGUUGCCAGCUAAGCCGUCUGCAGAAGGGACAGAUGAUUGACGAGUGGUUCCCUCUCAGCUCCCACGUGCCGCUGAAGGGCAUCGAGCCAGGCUCUUUACGUGUGCGCGCACGCUACUCAAUGGAGAAGAUCAUGCCCGAAGAGGAGUACAGCGAGUUUAAAGAGAUGAUACUGCAAAAAGAGUUCCAUGUCAUCUAUGCACUGGCCCACGUGUGUGGUCAGGACCGCACCUUACUGGCAAGCCUCCUCCUGAGGAUCUUCAGACACGAAAAGGCCGAAGCUCCUCUUCUCAGGACUCUCAAUGACCGAGAGAUUUGCAUGGAGGAUGAAGCCACAACGUUGUUCCGGGCGACCACUCUGGCCAGCACUCUGAUGGAGCAGUACAUGAAAGCCACGGCGACGCCGUUUGUCCAUCACGCUCUCAAGGACACCAUUCUCAAGAUCAUGGAGAGCAAACAGUCCUGUGAGUUGAACCCCUCCAAACUGGAAAAAAAUGAGGAUGUCAACCUGAACCUGGCUCACCUCCUCAAUAUCCUGUCAGAACUGGUCGAAAAGAUCUUCAUGGCUGCCGAGAUCCUACCACCGACGCUAAGAUUCAUUUAUGGCUGUUUGCAAAAAUCCGUGCAGCAGAAAUGGCCAACUAAUACCACCAUGAGAACCAGAGUUGUAAGCGGGUUCGUCUUUCUAAGACUCAUCGGUCCUGCAAUCCUCAAUCCAAGAAUGUUCAACAUCAUUGCUGAUCCUCCGUCUUCAACAGCGGGCAGGACCCUCACACUGGUGGCAAAGUCUGUUCAGAACCUUGCCAACCUGGUGGAAUUUGGUGCAAAGGAGCCUUAUAUGGAGGGUGUGAAUCCGUUUAUCAAAAACAACAAGCAUAGGAUGAUCAUGUUCCUGGAUGAGUUGGGGAAUGUUCGUGAUCUUCCUGAAACCACAGAGCACUUUAGGACGGACCUGUCCCGAGACCUGGCUGCAUUGCACGAGCUUUGCGCCGCACACUCAGAUGAACUUCGGACGCUGAGUAAUGAGAGGGGGGCUCAGCAGCAUGUGUUAAAAAAGCUGCUGGCCAUCACGGAGCUCCUCCAACAGAAGCAGGCUCAGUAUGCCAUGUCCAACAGCAACAGGUAGUACAGCAUCAACCCACAUCCUACUCCACUCCCAUCUCCCUUCCCGCUUAUGACAAGUCUCCCGCACUGGGGGUGCUGCACUGGGGAGACCUCGCAUGUUCUACCCCCAUCUCCAUGGCAACCCCAUCCACGCCUCAUAACGUCAUUGUCCGAUAGUUCCCCGCCCCUGCCACCCAUUCCCAUCCAUGUUGUCCCAUUCACCGUGAGAGCUAUGCAACAACAGCUGAGUACAACCAAUGCAGUACUUAACUGGCACCAGUGACUGACAGCUGCCUGCACAGGACAAACUCCCCCCUUUCUCGUUUUGAACUGUGUGAAUGAGUCCAACUUUGGGUACAAUCAGUUCCCUUGCACAUAAGGGACAAUAUUUGGAUUCUGAAAGGUUUCUCAGUACUCGCCAGCCUUCUCUAGCACAAAUUGCCAAAGUGUACCCCCUUCCCGCUUCGUAUGAGGAAACUGACAUGAAGAAGCUAGUUGUGUCUUUUGUUGAAACUGGACUGCGAGCAAGGAUGCUUUUAUACUGUAAGUAGUGACUGACUUCUUUUCAAGUUUGUGACAUAAGGCCACGUGCCGAAACGAGCGUGGUUCUUUUUUCCGUUUGUUUUGUUCAAUUUUCUAGAUUGAAACGGUCUUUUGCGGAAAACAAAGUCUGGUUAUUUUAUACAAGAAUAAAUUCUCUUGCUGGAAUCAUGAGUAUAUAAGAGAGAUGAGCUGAAUUCUUCUCCCCUCAGAUUGUAUCAGCUGUUUUGAUUGUUGGUUAAGUUUUUGUUUUUCCCUUCCUCCAAAUUUUGCAAUCCGGGCAAAAAAAAAAAACAUAUCUGAGAAUCCAAGUAUGAUGCAAAGUGUUUACAGCAGAUUUUUUUGGAAAAUAGUACAGACUGUAUCAGACAUGCAUGCACUUAUUAAACAGUUUUUGUAUGUAAA